ACGAUGUCGCUCAUUCGCUUUUUCCAGUCCAAGCAAGCCUUUGACGCGCUCCAACUCGCAAAGUCGGCCCACUUCAAAGUGUUCGGGUCGUUUCCUAUCACCGAGCGAACGCGCCUCGUGCUGCAAGCCCAGCGCUGGUCGUGGCCGGGCCGCGAUUUUACCGUGCGCGACGACACAAAGGGAACGCUCGUCGCCCGAAUUCAAGUCCACCGGUACUCGUUUCCCAACAAGCGGACGCUUCUUGACGCGGCGAGCCGCCCCGUCGCGCUUAUGAAGCUCCACCCGUACUCAUUUUUCAACGAGCAAAUGGUCUACGAACGCACGGACGACGACGCGCCAUUGUUUACGAUCAAGUAUCGCAAAAAUGCGUCGUUUCACCAACAAGAGUGCGAAUUGCGCAACCACGUCACGGGCGAGACACACCUCCUCGUGCUCCAACCUUUCAACGUUCUCACGCGCCGCAGCGUCCUCACCGACGGCGACGACGGACCGAUUCUUGCCAAGGUGCACCAACCGUUCACGUGGCGGUUGGCCAACCGGUAUGAGAUCGUCGUCGCGGAUGGCGUCGACACUGGCGUCGUCACAUUGAUGUGUGCGGCCAUGGACGAAGAGACGCGCAAGCGAGCGGAUUGGGUGUUUCGCGGUCUUGUUGGCUUCCUCGGCGCCAUGUAUGGGGGUCUUGCUCUUACAACUCUGCUGUAAAAUGCUCCAACAAAAGCAAUAUUUCAAUAGGAUAAUCACAAUUCAAAAGUUGAGACAAGUUGCGAGUGUG